AUGCAUUUCAUCAAACAAGCCGUCGCUGCUACCAUCUUUGUUUUCUCAUUUCAAACAACCUUGGUAGCCGGUCAAUCUGCAUCUUUGGUUCGGUCGUACAUCAAAACCGAGAAGAAGCUGGCGGAAAAUCUCAGCCCGUUAGUGGAUAACUUAGACUACCAUCUUCAAGGCGAAGAAUGGACCCCGGUUUUUAAUAGAGUAGUAGCUGGCUUGGAUGCCCUCACACGCGGGGUCAGGCUCGCCGAGAGGAGGUUUAGCCCAAAACUCCCGACGUUUAAUGAGAAGGAUACAAAGGAUAUAGAGAAGGAUUUCCUAUCUUUCGCUGACGAAGCCAUUGAUGCCCUUGCUACUUUCACGAGAAAAACUCGACCGGCCGUGGACACUAAAGACGAGCGCUUUGAGACUGCAUUGAAACCCCUCACUGGUCUCGAAAAAUCUUUGAAGACUUAUCUGCCCAAACUUUUGGAGACUAUCCCAUCCGCUUCCGAAUCCGUUCUAGUCAGCAUGCAAUUGCUUCAAGAUAGCGUUGGUGGGUUGGUACUUAUCUUUGACGAACUCAAUACUUCUGAACAUGAAGAGGCUAUUAUUGUUGAUAGUCAUCGAUAUCGGGGUUCUGGCUCCGUUAGAAUCAUUAUCAAAUAA